CUCCACUGCUCUGCAGUGGCGGCGCGCUGGACGCGGGUGUGGAGGUUCGUGUGGCGGCUCAGGCGACUGGCCCGGAGGGGCUCCUACCGCGGAGAGCGCGGCUGAGAUAACCUAGCUGUGGUCCCCGGAGCCUGCAAUUUCAAGACCUCCUUCGUGCCUCUACUGUGAGCCCCAAGACCCGCACUUUAGCCGGAGCUCACCAUGGGGAACCACUUGACAGACAUGGCGCCCACCGCCUCCUUCUUGCCCCACUUUCAGGCCCUGCACGUCGUGGUCAUCGGGCUGGACUCAGCUGGAAAGACCUCUCUCCUUUACCGUCUCAAGUUCAAGGAGUUUGUCCAGAGUGUUCCCACCAAAGGCUUCAACACAGAGAAGAUCCGGGUGCCCCUGGGGGGGUCCCGUGCCAUCACCUUCCAGGUGUGGGAUGUCGGUGGGCAGGAGAAGCUGCGACCAUUGUGGCGCUCCUACACACGCCGGACAGACGGGCUGGUGUUUGUGGUGGAUGCUGCUGAGGCCGAGCGGCUGGAGGAGGCGAAAGUGGAGCUACACCGGAUCAGCAGGGCCUCGGACAACCAGGGUGUGCCUGUGUUGGUGCUGGCCAACAAACAGGAUCAGCCUGGGGCACUGAGUGCUGCAGAGGUGGAGAAGAGGCUGGCGGUCCGAGAGCUGGCUGCUGCCACGCUUACCCACGUGCAGGGCUGCAGCGCUGUGGAUGGCGUGGGUCUGCAGCCAGGCCUGGAGCGCCUUUACGAGAUGAUCCUCAAGAGGAAGAAGGCAGCUCGGGCAAGCAAGAAGAGGCGGUGACGGAGGCCUGCCCUGCCUCACCAGCAGAGGGCUGUCUGCACACCUGGACAGCCAGGCAGAGCCUGCGGCCCCUCACUCAGCCCCAGGGUCAGGACCUGUCCACCUCACUGAAGGACCCAGGAGCGCACUGGGGGGUCCUCUGUUUUGGUGCUGAAUUGGGGAGGGGAAUGAGAGAUGGACUUUGUUCUCCCAUUUCUUCCUCAUCCUCCCAUCUGGAGACAUGGGGGCUGCAGGACUGAGGAGGUUUCAGUGUAAAAUGUGACUCUACCUCGACCUUGUUUCUUGUUUUUCUUUGGCUUUUUGAUAGAUGUGUUUGGGAGCAAAGGAAAGUUGCAUUUGGGAUGAAUGAGAAAUGUCUCUGCCCUGUCCCCACCCCGCACUGGGGAGUCUCCCCAGGCUGCUUUUCUAGGGAUGCCAGUCACAAUAGUCUAUUUUUUUGUGUUUGUGUGAGAGUGCCAAGAAUCUCUUCCCACAUUUAUAGAUCCACAGCUGUAGAUCCACAGCCGUUUUAUAAGCCAUGUAUGUCCUCUGUAUUAAGUAUUUUUUAGCAUUUGUCUAUAAGUUAUUAAAG